GUUAACCCAAGACGGCGAGUUGGACUCAAAAACGAAGCAGUGGCAAAGCGCAACCAAAUUUCUGUUUCGGUAGUUUUUCUCCUUUUUUUCAUUUUUUUUUUUUUUUGCUGUGAGGAUGGGGGCAGGAAAAAAGUCAUCAUAGCCUGACCUUCAUUGUUGAGUCGCUUCUAACAUUUAAAUUUGUUUUGCUUUUCCAUUAUUUUCGGGCUCUGUUGUGCUGCUUUUGUUUUGGCUUCUUUUCGAUUUCAACAGAAAACGUGCCAAAUUUGGCUGCCAGUUGCACGUUCCCCCCAAAAAAAAAUUUAAUACAGUUCAGCUGGGUUGGGCAUCGGCUUUGGCUCUAGCUUUGACCUGGUCUCCGUUCCAGGGGCUAUGGUCUUUUGUCUGGCCACGAGCUCUUGACACACAUCCAGACAUUCGGUAGUGUCGGCCUUAUCGGGCUCUUAUCAGCUGGUUGAGAAUUGUUUGAGAACGGGGGCCAAAGGCGUUUCAAAUCGGGCUAUGAAUUCAGUCGGACGCAGCUUCUCCCGGUGAAAUGUUGCUUCUCUGGUUUAUUCUCCACCUAAUUGGCCUCAUCCAAGGGCGUUCUGUGGGCGGUGGGUUUGGAAACUUGGACGACGAGUUUUUCAUGCCUCAGCCAGAUCCCACUAUAUUUGCCUACAAUCAAACUGAUAAGGGAUCAUCACCCUGGGACAAUACCUGGAACUAAAUACUUGUAAAAAAAAGUGACUUGUAAUUGUAAUAAAUUUAUUUUAUUUAAUAAAUAUGAUGUAGCUUCAGAA